AUGGAGGAAUAUCCUACGCAUUCCUUAUCAGUUUCAUUGGCUCCAUUUAUACAGUACAUCGAGGGACCAUUACUAAUUACAUGUGCCCAUUUUGAUCUUGCCGUUGUCCCAUUGUUAGCAAAAGAAUGCUACAAUAGGAGUACUCUAUAUCCUCUCAUAUUUUACUUGUUCAUUUGGGGGUUGAGAGUCGAAUAUUCCGAUGCCAGUAGAAUCGCCAUUUCCAACUUGAUCAUACUUUGCAAUUCAGUAAUUCUUCAUCAAGCCAUUCCUCAAACGAUCCAAGAUCGCUGGGUCAAUACCAGAGAGAAAUUUGCGGAGAUGUUUUCAUUGGACAUUUGUUUGGCAACUAAAUCUAAGCAAAGCAAUAUUGGCGUGGUUGAAGGAAAGGAAUCCGUACCAAUAAAAUAA